AUUGCUUUGUGGAUAAGGUGUAGCUGUCUUAGGUCCAUUUUUGGCUGGCAGAGGGCACCAAAGCACAUCAUUUUAACAUGUCUUUUGCCAGUGGAUGCCAGGGCCAAUUUCAGCAUGUAAAAGGACCUUUCAGAUGUCUGCACAGUGUCUGGUGUAAAGGGCAGGCCACGUGGACAGAUUGGGGUCUGCACAGUGUCCACUGUGACUCAGCAGAGGGAGGAGAGGCUGUUGUGGAAGAGUUGGGGUUUGUACUCUGUCCAGCAUGGCCCAAUACGUGGAGGACAGGCCACAUGGAUGGGUCCAGGUCUGCCCAGCGUCCAUUGUGGCUCAACAUGUGGAGGACAGGCCAUGUAGACAGGUACAUGUCCCAGAGCAAACACGCAGAAGCCCGAGAGCUCAUGUACUCAGGAGCAUUGCUUUUCUUCAGUCAUGGACAGCAAAACAGUGCAGCAGACUUAUCCAUGCUGGUCUUGGAGUCCCUGGAGAAGGCAGAAGUGGAUGUGGCUGAUGAGCUGCUGGAAAACCUGGCUAAAGUGUUCAGUUUGAUGGACCCAAAUUCUCCGGAGCGAGUAGCAUUUGUGUCCAGAGCCCUGAAGUGGUCCAGUGGAGGAUCUGGGAAACUGGGACAUCCCCGGCUCCACCAGCUUCUGGCCCUCACACUGUGGAAAGAACAGAACUACUGUGAGUCUCGGUAUCACUUCCUGCACUCCACAGAUGGCGAGGGCUGUGCCAAUAUGCUGGUGGAGUACUCCACUGCCCGGGGCUUCCGCAGCGAGGUGGACAUGUUUGUGGCCCAGGCAGUGCUACAGUUUCUGUGUUUAAAAAACAAAAAUAGUGCAUUGGUGGUAUUCACGACAUACACACAGAAGCACCCGUCGAUUGAGGAUGGUCCCCCGUUCGUUCAGCCCCUGCUCAAUUUCAUCUGGUUCCUGCUUUUGGCCGUGGAUGGCGGCAAGCUGGCAGUGUUCACAGUACUGUGCGAGCAGUACCAGCCGUCCCUCCGGAGGGACCCAAUGUACAACGAGUACCUGGACAGGAUAGGACAGCUGUUCUUUGGCGUGCCACCCAAGCAGACAUCUUCCUACGGAGGUUUGCUAGGAAACCUGCUGAGCAGCCUCAUGGGCUCCUCGGAGCAGGAGGAGGGAGAGGAAAGCCAAGAUGACAGCAGCCCCAUCGAGCUGGACUGAGCCGCCGCCACGUGGAGACGCCUGGUCAGCGCCGCCCAGAUGGCCUCAGGUUCGAGGCCCACAGCGAGGCUACUCAUACCUGGCAGCUCCUGGGCUGCAGCUGGCAGGGCUGCAGCUGGCAGGGCUGCCCUGCAGUGUCUGUCCCUAUUUAUGGAAGGUGGCGGAGGGUUGCACGGUGGCCUGGCGCUGUGUGGCUGGGACACAGCGCAAGGCCUGGACUCCUACAGCCGACUGUGUCCCCUCAGCUCGAUCCACAAUAAAGCACAGGCCCUGCUGCGCCUCCCUCUGCCUUCCUUGUCUCUGGUUCCUUGGGGAGGGCUGGGGGCCGGUGACCUGGUGUCCAGCACAGCCCAUGGUGUGGGCUAGGAGGCAGCAGUCACCAGACGCGUGGACUGAGUGGGGCCUCCUGCAAGCCCACGAGCAAGAGCGGGUUUCUUGUUUAUAUUUUUGUUUCAAAACAUGGGGUCAUUUUGUAGUCAUGGUGUCCCUGUCCCCAGUGAAGUGCGUGAGCUGUGGGAUCAUCCCCACGCCCGCUGACCCUCCAGGCCAUGGGCCCCACUCCACCCAGCGUGGCUAGUUGGGCUGCUCUGCACAAGUCCGGAGCCACAGCCUGCUGGCCCCUGGGUGCCACAGAACAUGCCCUUUGUGAUGCAGUAUUUAUUUUUACUGGGUGAUGGGUUUCUCUAACCUAAUGUUUUAGGUGUUAACCAAAUAACCAGGAAUGAGAAAAUAUGUCCUUUAUCACUGAUAAUAUUCCACAUUACCAGUAUAAUUAUAAAGGGCAACACUUUAUUUUUUCACAAUUAAAAUAAGAGUUGUAGAUUAAUACACAGUGACCAUGCAUGGGAAGGAGGAAAAAAUACGUUAUUUACUGUAAAAAUGGAAUUUAAAGGGAGGUUUGU